AGUGGAGGUCGACGCCUGACCACACCACACCGCCAGACAUCCCCUACGCGGCGCCCUGCCUGCCAUCCCUGCCUCGCCGGUGGCAGCUUCUCGCACGCCCCACCCCACGAAUCCCAUCCCUGGUCCGGCCCCUGCGCUCCACACCACCGUAUAUCGACGCCGGGUAGAACCCCCCACACUCAGUAGAAGAUCGAUGCCGGACCUGCUACACCUCCCCCGCGGCGCAUCCAUACCCCCCGCCCCCAGCCAGAUGCGCUGAUUCCCUGAUUCUCACAAGACGACGCUCGCCCCCACGCCCCCUUGCCGCCACCAUGUUAGUUGCGCCGGGCGCCGCAUUGACCGCCGGCAGGAUUACACCAGUGCAGACGGUGGAGGCAACCCUUCAAGCGGCUAGUCAUGAAGCUGCCCUUGACGGUGACAUGGCGUGCUGGUCCACCGACCUGCGACCUCGACCGUCCCUUCCCCAUCACCCAGCAUGGAUUCCACGGGCGCAGAAUAUAGUCUGGAGCGCCCGGCCAGAUGGGGUUAAAUCAUGGUGGCAGGCCACGGAGAGACCCAGUCCAAUUCUGGUAUGCUCUCCACUAGGAAUGACUUGUGAGGAUCAAAACACUAGUUUAACUUGGCCUAGUGUUUUACCUACUGGCUGGUCUAUGGAGUGGGAACCAUCGUCGACCAGCAAUGAGUUGGCUAAAUGAUGUCAUGUUCGGGCUUACCAUGGCAUCUAUCCUACGACGUUUGUGUAUAGUUGUGUUUUCUUUCCGCUGCAGAACUUCUCUUUUACACUUAGUUACUGUUAAACUUAUCUAAGUUCCUUUGAAUAAGUUUGUAAAAGCUAGAACUUCGGCUUGCUAGCUUUUAAACUCUGAAGUAAAUUACACCCCUUAUCUAUGUGAUGUAAAAUUUUGUG